UGUGUGUGUGUUGUGUUGUGUUGUGUGUGUGUGCGUGUUGUGUUAAAUGUGUGUGUGUGUGCAGCCAUCAGUCAGCAGCCAUCGCGUCUCCUCGCAGCAGAAAAGCAGACUCGCUGUUGACAAAUCCGCGUCUUUUCUUGCAUUUGAACGCCAACAUUUUCUUUUUUUCUUAGCGGAGUUUUAGUCGCCGCUCUCAGCUGACAAGACUCAAGCGCCAGCGGACAUUUCGUCAUUUUCGACGAAUUACACCAACCUUUUUUAUUGUGGAUUUAUUUGUUCUCCUCUUGCAACUUAGUCCUCACUGAAAUAAUUAAGUUUUUAAAACAACAACAACUCGACAAUUAAUAGCAGCGAGUUAGCUCGCUAGCUAACCUCCGAAUGAUUUUUGAUUGACGGCUAAGGAAGACUUGGCUCGCUGGACGUUGUCUUCCUAAAACCUGGCGUAUUUCUUUGUCCGGCGCCACAUUUUUGGCUCUACUUGCCGUCAAAUUGCUUUUUCUUUCGUCAUUUUUUUAAGGUGUUGUUGUGUGUGGCUAGCUGUUUUUAGCUUGUCCUGCUAAAGCUGGCCAGAUCUACUGUGGACGAAGGACCAGGACACUGCUUAGUAAAACCACUUAGGACCAGGACACUGCUUGGUAAAACCACUUAGGACCAGGACACUGCUUGGUAAAACCACUUAGGACCAGGACACUGCUUGGUAGAACCACUCAGGACCAGGACACUGCUUCGUAAAACCACUUAGGACCAGGACACUGCUUGGUACAACCACUCAGGACCAGGACACUGCUUGGUAAAACCACUUAGGACCAGGACACUGCUUGGUAAAACCACUCAGGACCAGGACACUCCUUGGUAGAGCCAGUUGGAACCAGGACACUGCUUUUUAGAGCCAGUUGGAACCAGGACGCUGCUUGGUAGAGCCAGUUGGAACCAGGACACUGCUUUUUAGAGCCAGUUGGAACCAGGACACUGCUUGGUAGAGCCCGUUGGAACCAGGACGCUGCUUGAUAGAGCCAGUUGGAACCAGGACGCUGCUUGAUAGAGCUAGUUGGACCAGAACACAGCUUGGUAGAACCAUUCAGGACCAGAACACAGCUUGGUAGAACCAUUCAGGACCAGGACACUGCUUGGUAGAGCCAGUUGGAACCAGGACACUGCUUGGUAGAGCCAGUUGGAACCAGGACACUGCUUGGUAGAGCCAGUUGGAACCAGGACACUGCUUGAUAGAGCCAGUUGGAACCAGGACACUGCUUGGUAGAGCCCGUUGGAACCAGGACACUGCUUGAUAGAAGCAUUCAGGACCAAGACACUGCUUGGUAGAACCAUUCAGGACCACAACACUCCUUGGUAGAGCCAGUUGGAACCAGGACACUCCUUGGUAGAGACAAUUGGAACCAGGACACUGCUUGGUAGAGCCAGUUGGAACCAGGACACUGCUUGAUAGAGCCAGUUGGAACUAAGACACAUCUGGGUAGAGCCAGUUGGAACUAAGACACAUCUGGGUAGAGCCAGUUGGAACUAGGACACAUCUUGGUAGAGCCAGUUGGAACCAGGACACAUCUGGGUAGAGCCAGUUGAAACCAGGACACUGCUUGGUAGAGCCAUUCAGGACCAGGACACUGCUUGGUAGAACCAUUCAGGACCAGGACACUCCUUGGUAGAGCCAGUUGGAACCAGGACACUGCUUGGUAAAGCCAGUUGGAACCAGGACACUCCUUGGUAGAACCAUUCAGGACCAGGACACUGCUUGGUAGAGCCAGUGGGGACAAGGCGUGCAAGGACCAAGGGACUGACAUGAUGUUUCCACAAUCAAGACACUCAGCUUCCUCGCAGCAGCUGAAAUUCACCACGUCUGACUCCUGCGACAGGAUCAAGGACGAGUUCCAAUUCCUCCAAGCGCAGUACCACAGCCUCAAGCUGGAGUGCGACAAGUUGGCCAGCGAGAAGUCCGAGAUGCAGCGUCAUUACAUCAUGUACUAUGAGAUGUCCUACGGGCUCAACAUUGAGAUGCACAAACAGGCCGAGAUCGUGAAGAGAUUAAACGGGAUCUGCGCACAAGUCCUCCCUUACCUGUCUCAGGAGCACCAGCAGCAGGUCCUGGCGGCCAUUGAGCGGGCCAAGCAGGUCACCCCCCCAGAGAUGAACUCCAUCAUAAGGCAGCAGCUCCAGGCCCACCAGCUGUCCCAGCUCCAGGGUCUGGCCCUCCCCAUGACCCCGCUGCCUCUGGGCCUGAGCCAGCCCAGCGUCACCACCUCCUCCGGCCUCUUCUCCCUCUCCUCCCUGCUGGCCUCCCAAGCACAGCUGGCCAAGGAGGAGAAGGCGUCGCGUGACGGCGCCGACAGCCACCGCGAGGAGGACGGAGACAAGUCCGACUAGGCGCCUCUUUCUCGAAACUCCCACAUUCUCACCGGACUUGAACCCACCUCUUCUUGGGAGGACCUUCACCCUCUUCCCUUCCUCCUUUUUGAUACUCGCUCUUAUCUCUCCUUUCAAGGUCAAGCUUCAUGUUCUCUCCCCGUUAAGCUCCUCCCCCUCCUCCUCCUCUGCCCACUCAGACAGGCUUCCACACCAAGCAAGUAGGAAACAUCGGCAAGCAAGUAGGAAACAUCAGCAAGCAAGUAGGAAACAUCAGCAAGCAAGUAGGAAAUAUCGGCCAGCAAGUAGGAAACAUCGGCAAGCAAGUAGGAAACAUCGGCAAGCAAGUAGGAAACAUCGGCCAGCAAGUAGGAAACAUCGGCAAGCAAGUAGGAAACAUCAGCAAGCAAGUAGGAAACAUCAGCAAGCAAGUAGGAAACAUCGGCAAGCAAGUAGGAAGCAUCAGCAAGGAAGUAGGAAGCAUCGGCAAGCAAGUAGGAAAUAUCGGCCAGCAAGUAGGAAACAUCGGCAAGCAAGUAGGAAACAUCGGCAAGCAAGUAGGAAACAUCAGCAAGCAAGUAGGAAGCAUCGGCAAGCAAGUAGGAAACAUCGGCAAGCAAGUAGGAAGCAUCGGCAAGCAAGUAGGAAACAUCACCAAGCAAGUAGGAAACAUCGGCCAGCAAGUAGGAAACAUCGGCAAGCAAGUAGGAAGCAUCGGCAAGCAAGUAGGAAACAUCAGCAAGCAAGUAGGAAACACUCUCAUCUCCUACAGAGUCCUCACAUCCACAACUCUGGCAUGGAAAAAGCAGUUCAGAACAUUUAGUGUUUAUUUUUUUCUUCAACAUUCCGCACUUUUAGCAAAAGUUUACUUCCGGUUAUUAAUGAUAAUCGCCAUUUUGCAUCAUAAAAAUGAGGGGUGUUCUGAUAUUGAUGUAUAUCAGUCAGAUAUCGACAAUGUAUCGGAUUAUAUGGGCUCGCAUCUAAAUGUCCGAUGCAAGCAGUCCUGCAGGGUUUUAACGUGUGCGAAGUUAACAUCUAAAUGUCCUCCAAAACAAGGUGAACAUGCUAGGCUAUAGGCUACUUGGAGCUAGCAGCUACACAACAGCUAAGCACACAAACUAGACCAUGAGUUUGAUUGGGAAUCUGGUACGUGGGGUGACUUCAAAUUAAUUUUAAAUGUCUAUUAAUCUACCACCGUCUUGUGGACAGCAUGGUUAAAUCAUUGAGCUUUGAAAACAAUUAAGCACAGAAUUUACUUAUAUGACCACACUCCAGACAACCUUCUCUAGUCAUGACACAACUGUUUAAUGAAUAAAAACAUCCAAGCAACAUAGAAAAUGCUAAAUCACACUCAUUUAAAUCCGUUACACUGCAUGAUGGGGAAAAUGCAAAAUUCUCGCAAAAUACUCUCCACACUUGUGUUUGACGUACAGCGGUUUGAUAUUUCUGAUUGAUUAAAGAUCUUUAAGGAGUUUGUCCCGGACGUAAACAAGGUUAGAGUCAAACUUUCACAUACUCUUAAUAUCCAAUUAUAUUAUUUAUUAAUAUACCCAUUAUUUUAAUAUAACUUUAUUUGUACGGCUAUAUACAUAUAUGUAUAUAUAUAUGUAUGUACUGUAUAUAUAUAUAUACAGUGAGGCAAAAAAGUAUUUAGUCAAGUUCUCCCACUUAAAAUGAUGACAGAGGUCUGUAAUUUUCAUCAUAGGUACACUUCAACUGUGAGAGACAGAAUGGGGAAAAAAAAUCCAGGAAUUCACAUUCUAGGAAUUUUUAAGAAUUUAUUUGUAAAUGAUGGUGGAAAAUAAGUAUUUGGUCACUUCAAACAAGGAAGAUCUCUGGCUCUCACAGACCCUUAACUUCUUCUUUAAGAAGCUCUUCUGUCCUCCACUCAUUACCUGUAUUAAUGGCAUUUGUUUGAACUCGUUAUCUGUAUAAAAGACACCUGUCCACAGCCUCAAACAGUCAGACUCCAAACGCCACUAUGGCCAAGACCAAAGAGCUGUCGAAGACACCAGGAAAAUAAUUGUAAACUUGCACCAGACUGGGAAGAGUGAAUCUACAAUAGGCAAGCAGCUUGGUGUGAAAAAAUCAACUUUGGGGACAGUUAUCCACUGAAAAUCUCCCUCGAUCUGGGGCUCCACGCAAGAUCUCAUCCCGUGGGGUCAAAAUGAUCAUAAAAAUGGUGAGCAAAAAUCCCAGAACCUGCAGAGAGCUGGGGACAAAGUAACAAAAGUUACCAUCAGUAACACACUACGCCGACAGGGAAUCAAAUCCUGCAGUGCCAGACGUGUCCCCCUGCUUAAACCAGUGCAUGUCCAGGCCCGACUGAAGUUUGCCAGAGAGCACAUGGAUGAUACAGCAGAGGAUUGGGAGAAUGUCAUGUGAUCGGAUGAAACCAAAAUAGAACUUUUGGGUAUAAACUCAACUUGUCGUGUUUGGAGGGAGAAGAAUACUGAGUUGCGUCCCAAGAACACCACUCCUACUUUGAAGCAUGGGGGUGGAAACAUCAUGUUUUGGGGCUGUUUUUAUGCUAAGGGGACAGGACGAUUGAUCCGUGUUAAGGAAAGAAUGAAUGGGUCCAUGUAUCGUGCGAUUUUGAGCCAGCGAGAGCUUUGAAUGGUUGACCAAAUACUUAUUUUCCACCAUAAUUUACAAAUAAAUUCUUUAAAAUUCCUACAAUGUGAAUUCCUGGAUUUUUUUUUUCACAUUCUGUCUCUCACAGUUGAAGUGUACCUAUGAUGAAAAUUACAGACCUCUGUCAUCAUUUUAAGUGGGAGAACUUGCACAAUCUGUGGCUGACUAAAUACUUUUUUGCCCCACUGUAUGUAUGUGUGUGUAUAUAUAUAUAUAUAUAUAAACAUAUAUAUAUAUAUAUAUAUAUAUACAUACAUAUACAUUUAUAUAUACAUAUGAAUGCAAAACCGCUUUUAUGGAAACUAAAUAGAGCAGAAAACAAUGUGAAAUGUAUUUAAAUAAUGAAUAAAUACAUAUUUAACCUCACUUUUCCUCAUUUGAAAGCGCCGCGUACUAAAAGCUGAGGUUUGACUGCAGAAAAAAACAUACUAAAGUGAUGACACAGCAUGUUGAAUGCAGCGCACACUAUUAUGUGGCGAUGGUGUUUCCUACUUCCUGCUGUUCCGGAAUGCGGUGGUCAUUUUUGAAAUAUAUCAAACACAGUGAAGUAUUUCUGCAAACUUUGUCUUUCUUUUGCAAGUAUUAGUAAUAACUUACCGCAGUAUAACUGUAAUAAUAUCUUUAAUGUACCAGAAAAUCUACUUUUUCUCCCUGAGGCACACUCUGAAAGGUUACUGAGGACUAGUGUGUGUGCCUUUUCACGCCCAACACUCACUCCCAAGUGUGCAGAAAGGCAAGUACUGUACUGUACUGUACUUUACUGUACUGCUGACUCAUGUAUUUUACUCAACACGACAGAAGAUGGCGCUGUCUCGUUAUCUGAUGACAGGAUGCCUUUACCGUAGAUUUUAUGGUAAAAACAACUGGUAUUAUACCUUAGUCCCCAGAAUUUUACGGUAAAAAAGUGGUAUUGUUUUUUAAUUUACAGUAAGGCACUGUAAAAACGACUAUAUUUUACAGUAAAAGAUUUUUCUCGCACAAAUAACAAUGGUCGCCUUAUUUCAUUAACAGUAAUUUGGCAUAAAAAGAAAACACAGUAAAGUUUAUUGUAAAAUCCAUUUUGACGACAAAAAAAACAUUUAGAUUUUUUUUUUUACAUUUACAGUAAUGCACUGUCAAAAAAAAAAUUAUAAAAUGGCUUUAGAUUUUACGGUAAACAAGAAUUGACAGCUCAGUCGCCAGAAUUUUACUGUAAAAAUAAAACUGGGUACCAUUUUUAUAUUCACAGUCAUGCACUGUAAAAAAAAAUGGCCAUAAAAAAGAAAAAAACCUGGCACUUUAGUCGCCAGUUUUCCUCUAAGAAUACAAGUUUUUCCAUUUACAGUAAUACACUGUAGAAAUAAGGACUAGAUUUUACGGUAAAAAAAACAAAAACUGGCAGCUCAGUCUCCAGACUUUAACCUUAAAAAUAAAAAUUUUACCAUUAUUGUAUUUUUUGGGUGUAAAAACACUACAUUUUACAGUAAAACAACUGGUCACUAAGUUGCUAGAUUUUUCCCGUAAAAAAAACUUUUAUUUAUUUACUGUUUUUGCAUUUACAGUAAUGCACUGUAAAAAAAAAAAAAAAACGACUGUAGAUUUGAUGGAAAAAACUGGCAGAUCAUUUUCAUGAAUUUUACUGUAAAAAUAAAAGUGAUGCUGUUUUUGCAUUUACAGUAAUGCACUGUAAAAACAAGGACUGUAGAGUUUACAGUAAAGAAAAAUGGCCAUUUAGUUGUCAGAAUUUUACUGUAAAAGAAUGGUGUCAUAAUUAAAUUUACAAUCAAUUUUUCGCCAAAAAAAAAACGUUUUAAACUGAACUGUAAAUGAAUCUGUAGCUAAGCUGCUUGAAUUGUUUUGCAUUUAAAGUCAUGCACCGUAAAAACAAGGACCCUAAAUUUUACCAGGAAAAAAACUGGCGUCUCAAUUGCCAGAUUUUUACCGUAAAAAAUAAAAGCGGUGCUUUUUCUUCCAUGCACUGUAAAACAUGAACUUUAGAUUUUACAGUAAAAAAAAAAGAAAAAAGCUGGUAGCUAAGUUGCCAGAUUUUUCUGUAAAAGUAAAAUGUGUGCAUUUACAGCAGUGCACUGUAAAAACAUUUUAAUUGAAAACAUGGCGGCUCAGAUGUCAGAAUUUUCCUGUAAAAAUAAAAGUGGUACCAUUUUACUGUAAAACUAAGGACUGUAGAUUUUACAGCUAAAAGAAAAAACAACAAAAAUAGCAGCUUGGUUGCCAGAGUUUUACUGUAAAAAUGACAGUGGCUCAUUUUAUGUACUCACAAUAAUGUUGUGUAAAACUUCAUAUAUUUUACCGUAAAAUUCUGCUGACUGGACGGACUUUUUUUACUCUAAAAUUCUCUUUGUUUGUUUUUUAACAGUGUAAAGAAUUGUCUUUUUACUCCUUAAUCCUGCGUGGAAAAGGGCGAGAAUUGACAGGUGAAAAGCACCUUAAAGGCCUACUGAAAUGAGAUAUUCUUAUUUAAACGGGGAUAGCAGGUCCAUUCUAUGUGUCAUACUUGAUCAUUUCGCGAUAUUGCCAUAUUUUUGCUGAAAGGAUUUAGUAGAGAACAUCGACGAUAAAGUUUGCAACUUUUGGUCGCUGAUAAAAAAGCCUUGCCUGUACCGGAAGUAGCAGACGAUGUGCGCGUGAUGUCACGGGUUGUCGAGCUGUUCACAUCUGAACAUUGUUUAUAAUCUUAGCCUCAAGCAGCAAGAGCUAUUCGGACCGAGAAAGCGACAAUUUCUCCAUUAAUUUGAGCGAGGGUGAAAUAUUUGUGGAUGAGGAAAGUUAGAGUGAAGCACAAAAAAAAUUAAACCCGACGGCUCCUGGCGGCGGCAGUGUGAGUGUUUCAAAUGUAAUUAGACACAUUUACUAGGAUAAUUCUGGGAGAUCCCUUAUCUUCCUAAUAGUUUAAUAGUGUUUUAGUGAGAUCGUAAAGUUAUACCUGAAAGUCGGAUGGCUGCGGUGAACGCUCUCAGAGAAACCGAGGAGCCAAGCUCACAGCUGCCUUUUUUGACUGCUGCUGCAGGAGGUCCCAUAAUCCACUGAUGUCUCCGGUAAAAGUCGACUUAUUUUUUACAAUUUUCCCAUCCAAAAACUUGCUGGUUGACGUAGACAAACAUGUUCGCCUGACCGCUCUGUGUUAAAGCUUCACAACAAAUAAACAGAGGCUGCUAAAGGCAGCUGCAAUCCACCGCUUUCCACCAACAGCAUUCUUAUUUGACGUCUCCAUUACUAUUUGAAGAAAUUGCAAAAGAUUCAGCAACACAGAUGUCCAAAAUACAGUGUAAUUGUGCGAUGAAAAGAGAGCUAAAAUGUCGCCUCCAACCAAUAACGUCACAAACACAUAAGCGUCAUCAUUUCGCGACGUUUUCAACAGGACACUUUGCGGUAAAUUUAAAAUUGUAAUUUAGUAAACUAAACCGGCUGUAUUGGCAUGUGUUGCAAUGUUAAUAUUUCAUCAUUGAUAUAUAAACUAUCAGACUGUGUGGUCGCUAGUAGUGGCUUUCAGUAGGCCUUUAAAGGCAAAAAAGCCAACUGAGAGGAAGGCUGAAACUCUUAAAGGCCUACUGAAAUGAGAUGUUCUUAUUUAAACGGGGAUAGCAGGUCCAUUCUAUGUGUCAUACUUGAUCAUUUCGCGAUAUUGCCAUAUUUUUGCUGAAAGGAUUUAGUAGAGAACAUCCACAAUAAAGUUCGCAACUUUCGGUGCUAACAGAAAAGCCCUGCCUUUACCGGAAGUCGCAGACGAUGACGUCACAUGUUGAUGGCUCCUCACAUCUUCACAUUGUUUCUAAUGGGAGCCUCCAACAAAAACAGCUAUUCGGACCGAGAAAACGACAAUUUCCCCAUUAAUUUGAGCAAGGAUGAAAGAUUCGUGUUUGAGGAUAUUGAUAACGACGGACUAGAAAAAAAAAACGCGAUUGCAUUGGGACGGAUUCAGAUGUUUUUAGACACAUUUACUAGGAUAAUUCUGGGAAAUCCCUUAUCUUUCUAUUGUGUUACUAGUGUUUUAGUGAGUUUAAUAGUACCUGAUAGUCGGAGGGGUUUGUCGACAGGAGUGUCUCAGGGAAGUCGACGUCAGCUUUAUGGACGACACAAGCUCAGCAGAUCUCCGGUAAGAAGCGACUUUUUACCACAAUUUUCUCACCGAAACCUGCUGGUUGACAUUCGGUCGGGAUCCAUGUCCGCUGUGAUCCAUGGUAAAGUUUCACCUCCAGGAAUUUUAAACAAGGAAUCACCGUGUGUUUGUGUGGCUAAAGGCUAAAGCUUCCCAACUCCAUCUUUCUACUUUGACUUCUCCAUUAUUAAUUGAGAAAAUUGCAAAAGAUUCAGCAACACCGAUGUCCAAAAUACUGUGUAAUGAUGCCGUUAAAGCAGACGACUUUUAGCUGUGUGUGUGUGCAGCGCUCAUAUUUCCUAACAGCCCGUGACGCGACGUUUUCAAGAAAAAACUCCCGGGAAAUUUAAAAUUGCAAUUUAGUAAACUAAAAAGGCCGUAUUGGCAUGUGUUGCAACAAUGUUAAUAUUUCAUCAUUGAUAUAUAUUUACUUUUAGACUGCGUGGUGGCUAGUAGUGGGUUUCAGUAGGCCUUUAAACCUGCUUUUAUUGUUUGGGCGGAGGCUGCAUGUAGUUGUGCGUGUUGUCCAGCAGAGGGCAGCAAAGAAAAGGAGGACACGUGAUUCCCUGCCUGUGCUGACGUGGUAUUGACCAGUAAGAAGGUAUCAAUGCAUGCUUCUCUCCAAUAACUUACUUCUUUUGUUUCUUGAUGACAUUUUUAUAUAAAAUAUAUAUAUAUAAAAGUAUUAAAAAAAAUAAGAAUAUUAUUCUGUGUUGAUAUAAAUUAGAGAAUGACAUAGCGGCAUCUGACAAUAUGUAUUUGUUCUAUACAGUAAGUAUACACAUAGAGAGCUUUAUAUGUAUUGGCUGCAUCCUCUUUGUCUUCUUUUGGGUCAUUCUUGUGCUCUUACUGAUGUGACGUCAGAGAGGGGGCGCGGCUUCUCGCCCCCUAACCCCGCCCCCUUCCCCCCACCUCUCACCCAAUAGCGUGAAGCCUUGUAAACUCUGUAAAGGUCUUUUCUUUUCUAAAUACUUUUGUGCAUUCUGAUGUAAAAGCCGAGAGUGACAUUGUUGUGUGUCUGAAAUCAUAAAAACUGCAUUUACAGGGAUGAUAAUACUAAAAUUAAAAAAAAGAAGCAAACUUUCAAAAGGUCAAAACCGACAUGUAUGUGAAAUAUGUUGUGCAGUAAGGAAGAAGGACUUCUGGUGCCUUACAAAUAAAGUCAAUCAUACUGAGAAGAA